AUGGCGUACCCUAACCAGCUGCCCCCGCCCCCGCCCCAGACUAUGGGGUCCACAAACACGGUCUUCAUCAAAGAGUUAAGAUUCGACCCCUCGUACUUGAAGACUUUGCCAGGGAUACUUAAAGUUGUUGUUGUGCUCUUCAACUUAAUCGGCUUCAUCUGCAUUCAAUCGUCCGCAUUCUGGUCAAAUGGUCGAGGAGUAUACUUCAACAUAGUAGCUAACCUGGGGUUCUGGUUCUCCGGCAUCCUGCUGGCGCUGUACCUGUUCCACGUGGUGGAGAAGUACCAUAACAUCAAGUGGCUGAAGAUUGAGAUGAUCGCGUACAUUGUGAUGGUGUUCCUGUACCUGAUUGCGUCUACUAUUGUUGUGGCGUUUGGAGCUGCUGGGUACUCCGCUGCCGGGUUCUUCGGCUACCUUGCGAUGGUGCUGUACGGAGGAGAUGCCUUCCUCAAGUACCAAGCGCUGAUGGCCGGCGAGCUCGCGCAGGGCCACCGCGUGCAAGCCAAGCAGACACACGUGACCACGCCCCCCGCGUUACCAUAG